AUGAUUGGGAGUCUUAGGUAUUUGACUCAUACUCGACCUGAUUUUGUGUUUAGUGUCAAACUUCUGAGCAGAUUUAUGGAGCAUUCGACAUUUGAACACAUGCUAGUAGUGAACAGAGUCCUCAAGUACAUUAAGGGGACAUUGAACUAUGGACUUGUUUACGAUAAAGGUCAAGAUGUAGUAAAAUUAAUUGACUACACCGACAAUGAUUUUGCUGGAGAUGUAGAAGAAGAUCAGAGGAGUACCACAGGCCAAGUGUUCUACUUCAGGUCCAUGGCAAUUAGUUGGAGCUCAAAGAAGUAA